AUGGAGAAACCCCGGCCGCUCUGGGACAAUCCCUUGCAGUUCGUUUUCGCUUGCAUUUCUUACGCCGUGGGGCUGGGAAACGUAUGGAGGUUUCCGUACUUAUGUCAGAUGUACGGCGGAGGAGGCUUCCUCAUCCCCUACUUCAUCAUGCUGGUGGUGGAGGGGAUGCCGCUGCUCUACCUGGAGCUGGCCGUGGGGCAGCGCAUGCGGCGGGGCAGCAUCGGCGCCUGGAAGACGAUUAGUCCCUACCUCUGCGGGGUCGGCAUUGCCAGCGUCGUGGUGUCCUUCUUCCUCUCCAUGUACUACAACGUCAUCAACGCCUGGGCCUUCUGGUACCUCUUCCACUCCUUCCAGGACCCCCUGCCGUGGGCCAGCUGCCCGCUGAACGGCAACCGCACGGGCUACGAGGCCGAGUGCACGCGGACGACGCCCACGCAGUACUUCUGGUACCGGACGACCCUCAACAUCGCGCCGUCGCUGGAGGUCAGCGGCGGGCUGCAGUGGGAGCAGGCGCUGUGCCUGAUACUGGCCUGGCUCCUGGUCUACCUCUGCAUCCUGCGCGGCACCCAGGCCACCGGCAAGGUCGUCUACGUGACCGCGUCCCUGCCCUACUGCGUCAUGCUCAUCUACCUAAUAAGAGGAUUAACGCUCCACGGGGCCGUGAACGGGCUCGUGUACAUGUUUACGCCAAAGCUCGAGCAGCUGGCGAACCCCAAAGCGUGGAUCAGCGCCGCGACGCAGAUCUUCUUCUCGCUGGGCCUGGGCUUCGGCAGCCUCAUCGCCUUCGCCAGCUACAACGACCCGAGCAACAACUGCGAGCGGCACGCCGUCGUCGUCUCGCUCAUCAACAGCACCACGUCCGUCUUCGCCAGCAUCGUGACCUUCUCCAUCUACGGCUUCAAGGCGACGUUUAACUACGAAAGCUGCAUAAACAAGGUGAUCCUGCUGCUGACGAACGCGUUCGACCUGGAGGAAGGCUCCCUGACGGCGGAGAACCUCGGCGCGGCGCAGGGCCACCUGGCUGCCGCCUGGCCGGCCGAGUACGCGGCGCUGCUGCCGCGGCUGCGCAACUGCAGCCUGGAAGAGGAGCUGGACACGGCCGUCCAGGGCACGGGACUAGCGUUUAUCGUCUACUCCGAAGCCAUCAAGAACAUGGAGGUGCCGCAGCUGUACUCGGUGCUCUACUUCGCCAUGCUGCUCAUGCUGGGCAUCGGGAGCAUGCUGGGCAACACGGCCGCCAUCCUCACGCCGCUGACCGACAGCCGCUUCAUCGCCGCCCGCUUGCCCAAGGAGGCCAUCUCGGGCAUCGUGUGCUUGAUUAACUGCAUCAUCGGCCUGACCUUCACCUUGGAGGCUGGAAAUUACUGGUUUGACAUUUUCAACGACUACGCAGCCACCCUCUCGCUGCUGCUCAUCGUGCUGGUCGAAACCGUUGCCGUGUGUUACGUUUACGGGAUACGGAGAUUUGAGAAAGAUCUUCACAAAAUGAUUGGACACAAGCCAAGCUGGUAUUGGAAAAUUAUGUGGGCUUUUGCUAGUCCUUUGCUAAUUAUCAGCCUAUUUAUAUUUUACGUCACCGACUAUAUCCUCACAGGAACACUGCAGUACCAAGCAUGGGAUGCCACACAGGGGCAGCUGGUGACCAAGGAUUACCCGAGCCAUGCCCUGGCCGUGAUCGGGCUGCUUGUGGCGGCAUCCACCAUGUGCAUCCCCCUGGGGGCUCUGCUAACUUUUAUCAGGAGGAAGCUGAAGAGGAAAAACCUUUCAACAGUCGCGUGA